AAUUGCAUUGGAGCAAUUGACGGAACCCAUGUACCUAUCACCAUUGCAGAAGAUAAGGCUCCUCCUUACCGAAAUAGGAAAGGGUCACUUUCACAAAAUGUGAUGUUGGCAUGUGACUUCGAUCUGAAUUUUAUAUUUAUUUCAUGUGGGUGGGAAGGCUCGGCCUCAGAUGCAGGGGUCCUUCGAUCCGCUAUCAGUAAAGGGUUUACUGUGCCAGAAGGAAAAUUUUAUCUUGUGGAUGGUGGGUAUGCAAAUACAUCAUCCUUUAUUGCCCCAUACCGAGGAGUUAGGUAUCACCUCAGCGAGUUUAGAAGGCGUCGUUCUUCACAAGCUAGUUAUGUGAACUACAAAGAGCUAUUCAACCAUCGUCAUGCUAUUCUUCGCAACCACAUCGAAAGAGCCAUUGGUGUUUUGAAGAAAAGGUUUCCAAUUCUCAAAGUAGGCACAUUUCAUCCUAUCCAAAAUCAAAUUAAGAUAGCAGCAGCAGCUGUUGAUUUUCACAACAUAAUUAGAGGGCAAAAUGGUGAUGAAGGUUGGCUUGACCACCAAGCAGAUCAUAUAUCUCCAAGCCAGUAUGUUGAAGUCCCAGAGGGAGACAACAACUACCCCAAUGAUAUGGACUCAAGUGAUGGAAGCAACCUGAGAGAUCAGAUUGCUCUCCAAAUGUGGGCUACCUACAAUAGUUAGUUUAGGUUCUCUUAUAUUUAUUAUACAGUAAUAAAGACUUAUGUUUUAUUAUGUAGUAGUAAAGUCUUAUGUUUUAUUAUGUAGUAGUAAAGCCUUAUGUUUACUAUGUUUUGUUGGGAAAUAUAGCCAUGGCAAAGAAUGUUUCUAGGGCAGCUUGGAACACAGUGUAUGAGAAAGGUCUGGUUGAUGUGCUCCUUGAACAUAAGGACAACCCAAAGUUCAAAAGUCAAAAUGGUUGGACUGCUGAGGGAUGAAACAGUAUCACAAACAAGUUCAAUGAGAGGUAUCCUCUUGCCCAUUACUCCAAACAACAAAUGCAAGACAAAGAUAAGGAGCUUAAAUCUCAUUACAAGGCAGUAAGAGAUUCAAGGAAAGAAAGUGGGGUGGGUUGGAAUGAUUCCCUAUGUAUGAUAGUGGCCGAGCCAGAACUUUGGGAAAAGCUCAUCCUUGCUCACCCAAAGGUAGCGAAGUACCAAAAGAAGCCAUUUCCAUUGUACUACUCUUUGGAAGCCCUGCACGAAGGUAGUGUGGCUACUGGAGAUUUGAAUUUCACAUCCACUCAGCAAAUGCCACCUCCUUCUUUCAUUCCUGUUCGUCCUCUUACUGCCCCUCCUGGUGGCCCACUUGCUGCCCCUCCUAGUGGACCUCUUGCUACAGCUUUCGCUUCUGCUACUGCUCAUUCGAACAGGAGUACCUCUGAACAAAGCCACUCUCCCUUGCACCCCCACACAAACCCAUUCUCCAUGGAUUUCCAAGAAAUAUCAAAUGAAGCUCAAUCAAGACAUGUAGAAGGUGGAAAUGGGAGAAAGCGCAAGCAAAGCCAAAUUGGAGCAGCCAUUGAAAGUUUUGUGGAUUUUAAGAGGAGUGCCACAUCCAAAACGCUCGAAGGUAUUGAAGAAGUGUCUAUGGAAAAGUGUCUAGACAAGUUGGAUAGAAUUGAUGGGUUCACAGAUGAGGAUAGAUCAUAUGCAAUGGAGGUCUUUGAAUCUGCGAUAAACCGAGAGGUGUUUAUGAAGUCAAAAAACCACAAUGCUAGAUUACUUUGGUUGAAGAGGAAAAUUAGUGCUUGUAGAGCGCUCACUACUAUCAUGUGAUGUGAGGUGAAUGUGGCGAUGAAGAGAUAGGCUUACAGGUAUUUUUCUUAACAACUGUUUUUAACAACUGCUAGUAGCUGCUGAUGGUAACUGCUAGCUGAUGAUGACAAGGAUCAAACAUUUGGAAAGUAUCCAUGAACUAAAAUGCUACCCAAACUUAAAACUGUUUCAUAUAUCUGGCAUUGCCACUUGUCAGUAAAUUAUUCAGUUUUUUGUUAAAUACAGUAAGGUUUAACAUUACUAGUAAGGAUACAAUAUUUCUGUUUCAGGUUUCAUCAGUGGAACUAGAAUAAAAGGAGGAGCCUUUGCUAUUUUUCUGAUUUUAGUGCAUUAACACAAGUUUUUUAUAUAGAAUUUAUUCAGUGAAUUUAUUUAGUGGAAGCAACACAUAUGGUAUUCUAGUUUUUUCAGUGGAAGCAACAAAUAUGUUUUGGUUUUAGUGGAAGCAACACAUAUGUUCUGGUUUUAGAGAAUUUAUUUAGUGGAACUAGAAUAAAUUGAUUCAUUUCAGCUACUAACUCCUACUGCUAUAUAUUGUUUAACCACACUGCUAUGCUAUGUUACUAGCAUUGAACUAUAUAAUUGUGUAACCAUACAAACUAAAAUGUGUAUCAAUUGGUGUUACUUGCAGUGUGUUAAGUGGAAGCAACACAUGAAGCGGACAUGGAGAAGGAAGAUGGCAUAAAACUAAAAUGCAUUAAGUUGACAUGUGGCGUGCAUGUUUUAAAUGUCUUAUUCUACUGCCAAACUUUCUAAUACUCCAUUUUUAUAUUAUAUUGUCUAUCUGUACGUGUGGAUGGAGAUAAUGAUAUUAUGUGAUGUGAUGAUGGAUGGAUUAGCUUCGUUGAAUAUUACAUGAUAUUAUGUGAUGGUGAUAUUAAGCGGACAUUGCAGUGUU